AUGGAUUACCAUCCGGAACCGCAACGUCUGGUGAUCUGCGGAGACUUGAACCUGGUGAUCCGACAAGUACGAGGUGAGAUCGAUUGUAAAGCACCGGGUUUGACACUGUUACAACAGCGAGUUAUGGAUCGACUACGUACUUGGCCUGAUCACGAGCUGUUGCAUAUUGGGUCUGAGAAAGAGAUCCAGGAUCUAGUGACUUUGAACCGGUUGGAUGGGAUACUGGCAGUGACGAUCGAAGACGACAUCGCACAGAUAUCUGCGGUAACGACCCGAUCUAAAGCUAGAUCUGGAGUGCGCAUUAGGUCUGAUCCAGAUUCACUGCGUGAGGAAGUUGUGAGAGAACGGCGGAUCGAGCGAAUCCGACAAGCACGUAAUGAGGAGUCGUGGAUCUCUGGAUUGAAGAAGUAUUUGGUUGGAGAGAUCCGAGAUCUGACACAAGAAGCCGCUAUGUGGAUCAGUCGGAUCUACUCUUCUACUGCCCGACAACUAAGGAAGCCUGCUGGGGAUCGAGACAAGUUGAUGCGACCGGUGGUGCCUGAGACGCUUCAACAAGAUAUUUUGCUUCACUAUCACACGAGUUUGCAGGGUGGUCAUCAAGGAAUUGGUCGAACCUAUGAUCGUAUCCGCGAUCACUUCCACUGGAGAGGGCUAUAUAAGAGCGUACAGCGAUAUGUGGGGAAAUGUGUUGACUGCGAAACGGGCAAAGAACGACCUCCGAUCCAAGGUGAGUCGCCUGGUAACCUUCAGGCAACAUAUCGGUUUCAGACCAAUGCCAUGGAUUACAUACCUUCCCUGCCCAAAUCUUUCAAUGGCAACACAGAGUUGUUGAUCUUCGUAGAUCUAUUCUCGGGAUACGUGAUUGCAAAGACCAGCCCCUCUAGAUCAGCACAAACAAUCGCUGAGACAUACGAAGAGUGUGUUUUUCGCAGAUUUGGCGCAAGCGAAGUGAUCCGGUAUGAUUGA